AUGAAUAUCGUUGUUCCUGGUGGAAGCACACUUGGGGUUUACGGAGGUUGGUUCUUGAGUGGCGGACAUUUCGUUCUGGCCUCCGCUUAUGGGUUGGGAUCGGAUCAGGCUCUUUCUUUGCAGGUUGUCACCGCUGAUGAGAGGCUCGUUACGGCGGAUCCGAGCACGAUCACGGAUCUGUUUUAUGCUUUACGUGGCGGAGGUCUAGGAACAUUCGGUAUCGUGGCCUCGGCCAUCGUCAAGGCGUACCCUCUUCUCGACGUAGCCGAGUCAACCGUCACCUUCGUGGGAGGGAACGUAAUAGUUCCCAACGUUGUGAAUAACCCCUCCUCAGCUACACUAGGUUUUAAUUCCUCGGUCUCAAUGCCCGUAGUCGUCGAAAACCUCGACAAUUUCUGGCGUGGUGUCAACGUGGUUUAUUCGUUCCGCAAAGAUAUGGUGGAUGGAGGCGGAACUACCCACAGUUGUGUCUCGAAUACUGGAAACAACACGUUCGGUUUUACAACAACGCUUGAUAUACUUCGCAUGUCAAAGCUAGAUAUCUUCAAGUUUUGUAACCACUGGUUGACUCCCUUGGCCAUGGGCAUUGCUGUGAACAAUACCACAUCAACUUCAUCUAGCAGCGAAGGUGGUUUCCCGGGAAUUGCUAGUUGUCUCUUUCCUCGAAGUAACUGGGGAAAUGACACCCCCUUCAACAAUACCAUUGCCUCUAUCCGCCAAGUCGUCGAAGCUGGAUACACCUUCCACGGAAUCAACAUGAAGCCGACAGAACACGUUGCCCAGAUUAAGAAGAAGACGGACCGGUGGAGAUUGUCUUGGGCGCCGACGACGGUCGGGAGUGAGGUUUGGGAGGUGAUCACUGCUGAUGGACUGCCAACGCAGAAUGGACCGCUGUGCAGAGCUCAGCCUGCCUAG